AUGUCAAAACAUAACGAUGAUGAACGUUUCAAGUCUAAUAAGGACCUAUAUACUAGAGGUGUAUCAUACAAAUGCAAAACGUGUAAUAAAGAGUUUAAGAAAAAAUCAAGUUUUCAUAUGCAUGAAAGAACUCAUACAGACAAACUUUAUCAAUGCGAGUUUUGUAAAUAUAAAUGUGUGCUAAAGGUACAGCUAAGUAAUCACAUGAUAUUAAAACACAACGAUGAUGAACGUUUCAAGUCUAAUAAGGAUCUAUAUGCUGGAGGUGUAUUACACAAAUGCGGAACGUGUACUAAAGAGUUUAAGAACAAAUCGUGUUUUCUUAGACAUGAAAGAACUCAUAUAGGCGAAAAACCUCAUCAAUGCGAGUUUUGUAAAUAUAAAUCUAAAUAUAAAAAAACGCUAAGACAACAUGUGGUGGCAAAGCAUAACAAUGAUGAACGUUUCAAAUCUAAUAAGGACUUAUAUACUGGAGGUGUAUCAUACAAAUGCAAAAUGUGUAAUAAAGAGUUUGUGGACAAAUCAAAAUUACAUAUGCAUGAAAGAACUCAUACAGGCGAAAAACCUUAUCAAUGCGAGUUUUGUGUUGCUAAAUUUGGAUAUAAAGAAGUGCUAAGACAACAUGUGGUGGCAAAGCAUUACAAUGAUGAACGUUUCAAGUCUAAUAAGGACCUAUAUACUGAAGGUGUAUCAUACAAAUGCAAAACGUGUAAUAAAGAGUUUAAGAACAAAACGAAUUGUCAUAAGCAUGAAAGAAUUCAUACAAGCGAAAAACCUUAUCAAUGCGAAUUUUGUGAAAAUAAAUUUAGAUAUAAAAAAACGCUAAGACAACAUGUGGUGGCAAAGCAUAACAAUGAUGAACGUUUCAAGUCUAAUAAGGACCUAUAUACUAGAGGUGUAUCAUACAAAUGCAAAACGUGUAAUAAAGAGUUUAAGAAAAAAUCAAAUUUUCAUAUGCAUGAAAGAACUCAUACAGGCGAAAAACCUUAUCAAUGCGAGUUUUGUGUUGGUAAAUUUGGAUAUAAAAAAACGCUAAUACAACAUAUGGUGACAAAGCAUAACAAUGAUGAACGUUUCAAGUUUAAUAAGGACCUAUAUACUGGAGGUGUAUCAUACAAAUGCAAAACGUGUAAUAAAGAGUUUAUGGACAAAACGAAUUGUCAUAGGCAUGAAAGAAUUCAUACAGGCGAAAAACCUUAUCAAUGCGAGUUUUGUGUUGAUAAAUUUGGAUAUAAAGAAGGGCUAACACAACAUGUGAUGACAAAGCAUAACAAUGAUGAACGUUUCAAGUCUAAUAAGGACCUAUAUACUGGAGGUGUAUCAUACAAAUGCAAAACGUGUAAUAAAGAGUUUAUAAACAACUCAAAAUUACAUAUGCAUGAAAGAACUCAUACAGGCGAAAAACCUUAUCAAUGCGAGUUUUGUGUUGCUAAAUUUGGAAAUAAAGUAGUGCUAAGACAACAUAUGGUGGCAAAGCAUAACAAUGAUGAACGUUUCAAGUCUAAUAAGGACCUAUAUGCUGGAGGUGUAUCAUACAAAUGCAAAACGUGUAAUAAAGAGUUUAAGAACAAAACGCAUUUACGUAGCCAUGAAAGAAUUCAUACAGGCGAAAAACCUUAUCAAUGCGAAUUUUGUAGAUAUAAAUUUAGGCUAAAGGUACAGCUAAGUAAUCACAUGAUAUUAAAACACAACGAUGAUGAACGUUUCAAGUCUAAUAAGGAUCUAUAUGCUGGAGGUGUAUUACACAAAUGCGGAACGUGUACUAAAGAGUUUAAGUUCAAAUCGUGUUUUCUUAGACAUGAAAGAACUCAUACAGGCAAAAAACCUUAUGAAUGCGAAUUUUGUAAAUAUAAAUGUAG